AUGCUCGCCUCCUUAUAUCAUACGAUUAAGCAGGAAUACGUGGACCACCUGGAGCUAGCGAUCUGGACGAGCAAGAUCGGAACAUACCGAGACGCUCUCGAGAUCUUCAACAAUUGUCUAAGCCCUGUCAUUGAGGUUCCAGUUGUGCUCAUUGAGCUCUCUUACCUACAUUACCAAAAUUUCCGUUACAAAGAUCUUUGCAACCUGCUGGAACUGAGGCUUGAACGGUGGAAGCAGGACGAUCCGACCAAGCUAGACGAACCGGAAUGGCGACUUCUCGCGCUGAUCUACAGCGUUGGUGCAAAUCGAUGCAGAGGUUGGAUGGAACCCGGUGUUAUUGAGCUUCGACGCACUCAACAAUGGCUCGUAGAACUUCCAAUUUCGGAGUAUACUGAACUUCAUGUCCACAUUGCCUGGCGGUAUGUAAUAGCGUACCUCAUGACGAGACUUCAGACUGAGCUCGAGGGCAACCUCAACGAUUAUCACAAGAUCCCGCUUCCCAACGAGCCGACCUCCACCAUUGAAUGGAAAGGCCUCGGCGAUCUUCGGCGCGAGCUAGUGAAGCAAUGCAGGUGGAAAGAAGCUUAUGCUAUCUUUAAACCCGAGCUCAAUCGAACGCCUCUGAAGCAGCGUCGCGUCGUUGCAGAAGGCUUCCUUCGAGAUUUGGACAAAUGUUCAGACCCGAACAGGAACUUCAUGAUCAGCGGUGUCCGAUUACAGUUGGCGAAGGCAAUGGUUGAAGUGCACGACCUCGCCUUAGCUAAAGAUGACAUUGGAUUCAGCAUCACAACACUGGAUCAGUGGUGUGUCGAUGUAGGCCUCGACAAGAGCGCGAGCGUUCCCCUGCGCUUCGAGAUCGAGCAGGUGCAGCUCGGUUUCAUAUCUGAUCACGAAGAGAGAUUGCGCACAGCCGUGAACCUAGUAGACCGUAUGUCAGACUUCGGCCACUCAAACGAGUCCAGCUGCCUAGACUUCGCUGCAGAAACAGCGAACAAGGCUGCAGAGCUCACCGGAAACCUCGACUAUCGAAAACAGUGUCUAGCGCUCCGCGAGCGUCUAGAGCGCUACAACGAGGACGUGACGGGCGAUAUCUGCGACCUUUCAACCCAUGCGUACGAAAGUCACAGCAUUGCGCAGCACAACCAUGUCGAUGCACGCAAGGCAAUCGAGUGGAUCGAUGGCUUCAUGGCGAAGUAUCCCGACUUCAAAGCACCACGGGUCAUGGCAUCACUGUGGAAUAGAAAAGCAAUUCUUCUGCACACACUGCGGGACCUAGAAGCCGCGGAGGAAGCUGCAGCUGAAGCGCUCGAAUGGGAAACUCUGACGGGAAGUUGGAAGGGUGUUAUCGUGCUGAAUAGCAGCAAUGUGGUGGCUCCGGGAGAUGGCGCUGUUGGGGAAGCUCCUUACGACUCGGAGGAGGAUAAUGAUGACGAGGACGGGUUCCUCAGUGGCUGGACCACCGUCUAUGGAGACGAAAGACCUACUGUGGUCAUCAGCAAGAUGAUCGAAUUUGCUUUGCAAGAUGUUGCGGCUGGCCGACUGUCGGUACCAGAAGUGUGCUUGGUGUUCGAUAUCCGCGAUGAUAUCGAAGAGGGCGCGCUCGAGGAUACAUUGACAUGGCUCAAAGAUAAGGACCAGAAACAACUAUUCGCACGUCUGUGGUUGCCGGCAAAGGCUACUGAGGAGGAGGAGAAGAAUGAGGAGAACGAGAAGACUGAAGAGAAGGAGAAGACUGAGGAGAGCAAGAAAGAGGGAGAACAAACAGACGAAGAAGAAUCGCACGAGGUCCGCUACGAAUUCGCCCGCAAGUGGCUUCAACAGCUCGUUCGAGGCUCGCGCGACCGCCGUCUUAUGUGUCUCCUUCGAUUCCUUGACUUCCGCAAGGAGAUGGCAUCGGAUGCAGGCCUGAAAGACGUGUCCAUUCGCGACUGCGAGAACAUGCUGAGCCUCUGGGAGUCGCUGCCACGCAUGCUGAAGGAAUUCACGACCUCCUGGUCGUAUGCGUGGCAUGCGGCCAUAGCCUGGAACUACUGGUCCAAGUUCCUCAGUGGCGGUCAAUGGACACUGUUCGACAACUAUGGGUACCUCAUGAAGAUCGACAAUACGUGCGACAUAGCAAUCGAGGGCUACAGGAAGACAAACCAAGUUACGGGGCUGGCCAACAUUCAGCGGCUUCAGGCUCAAGUUGCAUUACUUGUUCUCAGGAGGCUCUGCAUAUACAGAACGCUCUUUGCUCAGAAAGAGAGAAGUGCCUUUGAGGAGCGCGUUCUUGAGAUGUCUAAGGAGCAAUUCGGCGAGAUUGAAAACGCCGAAAAUGCGAUCCCGGUUGUAAGAGAAAUGGGGCUCAAACUGCUCACCGAGAUCGAUGAAAUAUACUCCAGCACCGAGCGGGAAGCGUGUUGGGAAGACGGUCUCGAGGGCAUCCAGAAACGUACCGAGUUGAGUCGCAUGCAAAUGAGUUACACCACAACGCGCUAUGCCAUACGACAUUGGGUAGACGGCGUGGAUGAGUUCUCAGAGGAAGCCAGAAUCGCCAUUUGGGAUCUAACGCAAAAGUACAAAGCGCGAUUGCUAUCCCUUGCGAUUGGAAUGUACCGUACCAAUCCACCGAGUCUUAUACAACGGAUACAAUCUUCUGAUGAAGUCUCAAUGUAUCAAGACAUGGUCGACCUACAAACUAAGAUUGAUGAAGCAAAACCGAAAGAUCGCUUCUACCUGCGCCUACGCCUGGAUGAGCAUCGAAAGAAAAUUAAAGAGUACCCUCUGCUAAGGCAGCUCAUCGAGCUUCGAGAAGGCACGCCACUUUCGCUUGACAGUCUCGAGAACCUCACCAGCCAGUUAGAGGAUGAUAUUGUUUUGGUGGAUUGGAUCUAUCUUGAUCCAUUGUUCGAUCGUGGCAAGCUCCUGAUGUUGACUGUUCGGGAAGGGGAGAUUCCAACUGUUGAUGAGAUCCCGGUCGAUGUGGGCGCUAUUGAGAAAUGGAAGAAAGACUACCUUACCGCGUCGGAGUGGCCCAAGGGCAUGGAUCCCCCGUUAGCCGGUACGCGUGUGAGACUUGAGUUCAACCAGGUGUGUGGCGCGGUUGUCCAGCCACUGGCGAAGAGAACGAAACCGGACGACAUCCUCGUACUCUGCCCCACAGAAUUUCUGAACGGUCUGCCAAUACAUGCACUUAGCCUCGAAGACGAAGCCCUUCUCUGGCGCAAUCCUUGUGUGUACGUCCAUAGCCACUCCUUGUUGAGAUCUUGCUCCUCGGCGGCACGAUACGCACUGGAUAGCGCCACCCCUAUCAACGCAAAAUUCAUCUCUGGAAUUGCUGCCGGGUUUGGCGAGGCUGCUGACACCUUCACUAAAGGCCGUGACAGCAUUGGAGAACUGGCGAAGCAACUCCAGGGUACCGCCAUGAUUGAUGGGUCCGCUACCAAGUCCGACUUCUUGAAGCAUGCAAAAGAAUCGCGCCUCAUCCACAUUCAGACGCACUGCUCGUGGGACAGUAGCAGUCCGCUCGACCACCGCAUCGAAUUCGCCGCGCAGGGAGAGGACGGUGCCACGGAAGACAAGUUGACAGCUCGAGAGGUCUUUGGAUUGCGUCUCCAGCAAGGGGCACACCUCAACGUCAUCGCUUGUUCAGGUGCAAUGACAGUUACCAAAGCUGGCGAUGAGGUCAUGGGCCUUGUUCCAGCCAUGUUGUAUUCUGGUGCUAGUUCGGUGGUCUCUACGUUGUGGCCCACUCAUGAUGGUGUCGGCGCUCUCUUCUCUAGAAUGUUCUUUGACAACUUUGUUGAGCAGCGCGACAGGGGGAGUACGAAGUGGGUAAACAUGGCCAGGGCGGUGCAGGAAGGCGUCAUGGAGCUGGAUCCGGAUCAGAAAGAUGGGUUGUUGACGUGGGCUUCAAUUGUGCUGAAUGGCUACUGGAUGUUUGCCAUUUGA